ACGGUCCUUAGAAUGAUGCAGUGCGUGUUCCCAGAUUCCGAAAAGACGGCAGCUCACACGUGCUUUUGGCCUGACCCCCCCUCCAAAAAAAAAGUCUGGUUUCCUCUUGCGGGAAGGAGAUCCCCCGCCCCACGGGCCUCCUCCGCCCCCUUUCCCAAGAAGCGGCUUCAGUUCCGCCGGGCCUCGCUCCUCCUCUUUCCCCGGAGACUUUCAAGAGGGAGGCUGCGGCAGCCACGUAUCCGGCCUAGAGGAGACCGGCUGUCCUUGAGUGGAAUAAUGGCUUCCAAUACAGAGCGCACAUUUAUUGCCAUCAAGCCUGAUGGAGUCCAUCGGGGAUUAAUAGGUGAAAUCAUCAAGCGAUUUGAGCAGAAGGGUUUUCGUCUGGUGGCUAUGAAAUUUUUAAAUGCUUCUGAAGAACUUCUCAAGCAACAUUACAUUGACUUGAAAGACAGGCCGUUCUACCCUGGUUUGGUUAAAUAUAUGAAUUCUGGGCCAAUUGUAGCUAUGGUUUGGGAAGGACUGAACGUUGUGAAGACAGGCAGAAUAAUGUUGGGUGAAACUAACCCGGCAGAUUCAAAACCUGGCACUAUCCGUGGUGAUUUCUGCAUUCAAGUGGGAAGGAACAUCAUUCAUGGCAGUGACUCUGUGGAGAGUGCUCAGAAAGAGAUCAACCUGUGGUUCAAGCCUUCAGAACUUGUGGACUUCAAAUCUUGUGCUCAUGAUUGGAUUUAUGAAUGAAUUAAACUUCUCAAGAAGUUGUGCCUUCUUCCAACGAAGUGUCUCAUUCCACCUUCUUAUUAGUAAGGGACAGUUAUCAUGAUUAUCGUGUGAUUACUGGCACUAAUAAAUCAUCAUAAAUGAAUGUGCUGCUGUUUCUUUAAAAUAAAAACAAUGUGUGUGA